GGGGGAGCCUGCGGGGGUUGUACCUGCGGCCAAGCUCUAGGCUAGCCUCGGUUAUUGGGCGGCAGGUAGCUCUUUCUUACACCUGUAGACUGCACGGAGGAAGGUAGUGUUUGUGCAGGGCUGCCUUUCGCGAUUACUGAGUCACCGCAGACACCUCCCACACCUUGGCAGUUAUAGGGCAGGGCUUCCAUGACAGGGCAUGAUCUGCCUUCCCAAGUGCCUUGAGCUCUCUGGUAGCCUUCUUUAGAAACUGCAAUGGCAGGAAAGCCCAUCGGCUACUAGCUGCCGUGUUGCCGUCAUCUGCUUUGAUUAUGCUUCCCUACGAUCCACGUUUAGGUUAUUGCAAAUAAUCAGGUUUCACACACCUCCCUUAACGUUAGAAGGUUGCCCAUUCCUGUCAACUGAAUUACAAGGUGUGAGCCCAAAUGCACUGUAAAAUUUCCUUAUGAGUCAGUAAAGUUAAAUGUCAUGUAGAUGUAAUGACCAUGGUCAGACUAGCUUGGUGAAACUAAGUGUUCUGUAGACCCAGCAGAGCUACAGGCAGAAGAACUAAAGCACAUACAAGGACACAGCCAAACAAUUUUAUUUGGUCCUCUUAAAGUCAUUUAAUCCUAGUGCUAAAAUGAACUGCUGCCUCCACUUUGUUUUCUUGAAAUCAUGACGACAGUGAUGCUCAUAUUCUCACCAAAUUAAAGGAUGCACACUAAAUGGAGGAGAUUAACAUUUUGCUGUGCAUAUUUCAUUGAAGAAGAGGAAUGGUGUAAGUUUGUAUUUGGGGUUUGUGUUCUGUGCCAGGUCAGCAAGCUUGUGCUUUACAACUGCUUUGAGAAGCUACGAAGAAUACCUCUUCUUAAAUAGAGACUGGAAAGGUUUGCUAUACAGAUCUUGUGCUUCUUUCAGUUUGCUUAGAGCGACCAUCGGGAAUGCUGAGUAUUGGUGGAGAUUUUUAUUUUUUGAAAAAUUAAUCACUUUUUGAGUUCUUGAAGGUAGCUGUCUGCUGUUUUAAAAGUACAGUAUAAACUAUGUAACCAUAUGCAGCAGAGUGGGGAACUUUAUAAAAAAGUUGAGUACCACAUUUCCUCAGGGAAAAUGCUCUCUGGCUGCCUGCUUACUGGCAGUAGAUACACUGGCGGAGGAAGGGGGUGCAAUCCGCACCGGGUGUCAAGCCUGAGGGGGGUUGGCAUUGCAGUGCCACCCCCUGGGACGCUCACCACGGGCUGCGCCCCUCUGGGACACAUAUGCGCUGCUCCGGGUGCCAGAGCAGCUAGCUCCACCUCUGACUGGAUAGGUCUGAAGCCAAAAGUGGCUGGGGAUACCCCAUUUACACACAUCCACUGUGAACCUCCCUUUUAAACUUUACCUUACACCCACCAAUGCACUCAUUCAUUCAUUCUCACACUGCCCCCAUGCAUGUACAGCCAUGCACCUUCCUUUCUCAGCAUCCGGAAUGCUAUCUCUUCCUCCACUGGUAGCUCACUUGGUUUCCGUGGUGGACACUGAAAAACAUACUUUACUUAUCAGCACCUGACAGGGAAAUGGUCAUGUGAUCGUUUCUUCCAUCGUUUCUAGGGUAAAGACCAAUAAAAACAAUGUACAUUACCCCAAUGUAGCAUGUAUCUUUCUUCUUGUAGCUGAAAACAUGGUGACUGGGGCCCAUUUUUCUGACUGCGUGGAAGAGCAAAUGCUUCCAGCUCACCCACUGCCAAGACAAGGUGUCUAGUACUCAAAGGUAGUCAAUUUAUUUUGCACCUGUGGCAGAAAAUCCCACAAGUACCGUAUCUCUCCCCUUCUCAGCAGUAAAAAUACAACGGCAAAUUAAAUAACUUUCAAUUUACUACCCUUUCAUGACACCCCAUAGCCGUCUAAGGCAGCUGUCUCUGCUUAAUGGUAGAGCUGGCCCUCACAGGAGGUUAAGCAUAGGUUCUGAAUGGUAUUACCCUAACAAACAGAGAGUGAAAAAUUCACCACAUAUAUCUGAAUCAAUAUGAUGAAUCUUUUUAGCCUGCUGAUAUGCUAAAUAUUUAGAACAGUGCAAGACAUCUGGACAUCUGCCUAAAAGUAGUAAAGGUGGAUGAGGGUCUGAUUUAUGUUCUUUUAAAAAAGGAAGAGACAAGAAUAAGUAUAGCACAAGAUUAUAAUAGUACUACCAAGUGUUUCUGAAGAACUGAUAUGGAUAGGAUGAGUAUUUUUGGCAUUAACACUGGAACAUUUAUUUAUAGUUCAUUCCUUCAUUGAACUUGACAAAUGAGAGGCUCAGACCAUGUCAGAUGCAGCUGAAAACCUGAACCUAUGCAUAUCUUUAAUUUGAUUUAAUUCAAAGCAAAAUAAAAUCUUCCUCAGAAUAUGAUUCCACAUCAAAAAUUUAAUGAGUUCAUUUUUGACAAUGACUACACCACCCAAUGACAGACUUGUCACUGACUUCAGUAGCAGCAGGACUGCACCCAUGCAGUCCAGUUCUAAACAUUAUUCAAAUGUGAUUAAUGGGACUAACAUAUUUGUAAAUAAGCAUGGAUUUACAGUACAGCAUCAUGGUAUGUAGACACCAUCCUUCCUCUUGCCAGGAGAGAUGGGGAUUCACUUUUUGGUCAUUCUUCCCAGCAUAUUCUUAUUGUAGCUAUUUGCAAAUAUUCAGCUAAUAGUUUCAGCUCAUGAGUUUUUUGUGAGUAGAUUCAGCCUGCCAUUUGAAAUUGAGUCCUUCCCAUCAAGCUGAUCUGCCAAUUGGUACCAAAUCAGCUGGUAGCUGAAAAGAUGGACAUUUCAAGUUGCAAACUGCAAUAGACUUUAGAUCUAGCUUUUCUUAUGUCUGUUGAUAAAUGGGAAAAUGAACCCAUAGAAAUGAAGCACUAAGCAUUGACUCUGCUCAAGGUGCUAUACUAGGCAAUGCUCAGGACAUAUCCCAGGGAAAAAGAUGAUACAACUUUGUGCACACCAUUUUGCAGAUAAUUUCAAUCUCCUUUCAAAGCGAAACUUUUUUUUCAUUUGCUUUAUGCUUGAGGGGAAAAUGCCGCCUGUGCCAUUAAAUAAAAAUAAUUAUAACUACUUGGGGCAAAGCUGGUAAUUAUUUUCUGCAUGCACCCAUUUGUAUUGGGUGCCAGAAGCCUUGAAGGCAUGGGGCAAUGGUAGGGUCAGGGUGGAGAUGUCUGAAGAAGAAACAUUUUAAGAAAUGUGCUGCCUUUCUGACAGCAAAUAUGUACAUCAUACACACCACCCAGUAGAAAAGUUCGUCUUAGUUAUUUCUGUAUCCGGAACAGUGUAUUAGGGAGUAGAAAGUGUACAAGAGACGAUCUGAUUCACAAUGGCUCAGUUCAGACGGCGGAAGUGGGUCUCCUCGUUUCCGGUCUGGCUUCCCUCCUGCCGUGGGAGGGGAGGGAGAGAGGGGAAGAGAAAAGGAGGCGUCCUUGCGACCUUCUUCCUUUUGGCUUUCGCUUAUUUAUUGCUUUUAAGGGACAUUCGCCCUUUUUCAUCCGGAAAUUCGAGGGAGUGGGUUUCUCGCUUCACCAUCAGGAAGUGCCGUGUUCUCACUUCCAGUCCUCUCUCUUACCUCGCAGCACCCUCCUCUCCACUUUUUCUCUUUUCCUACCUACAACCUUCUCCCCCGAGAAAGCUGCCCUCCCAAAAUGGCGCCCCUGGACUUGGACAAGUAUGUGGAGAUUGCGCGGCUUUGCAAGUAUCUGCCCGAGAACGACCUCAAGCGCUUGUGUGACUACGUCUGUGACCUCCUCCUAGAAGAAUCUAACGUGCAGCCAUUGUCUACACCAGUUACAGUCUGCGGCGACAUACAUGGACAGUUUUAUGAUUUAUGCGAAUUGUUCAGAACUGGAGGUCAGGUUCCUGACACAAACUAUAUAUUUAUGGGUGACUUUGUAGACAGAGGCUAUUAUAGCCUUGAGACGUUUACCUAUCUUCUUGCCCUAAAAGCAAAAUGGCCUGAUCGCAUCACACUUUUACGUGGGAACCAUGAGAGCAGACAGAUAACUCAAGUGUAUGGAUUUUAUGAUGAAUGCCAAACCAAAUAUGGUAAUGCUAAUGCCUGGAGAUACUGCACCAAAGUUUUUGACAUGCUCACAGUAGCAGCGUUAAUAGAUGAGCAAAUCCUCUGUGUACAUGGGGGCCUGUCUCCAGACAUAAAAACACUGGACCAGAUUCGGACUAUUGAGCGCAACCAAGAGAUCCCACACAAAGGAGCUUUUUGUGACCUUGUUUGGUCUGACCCAGAAGAUGUGGACACCUGGGCCAUAAGUCCCCGAGGUGCAGGCUGGCUGUUUGGGGCAAAAGUCACAAAUGAGUUUGUCCAUAUCAACAACUUAAAGCUCAUCUGCCGAGCCCACCAGCUGGUACAUGAAGGUUAUAAAUUUAUGUUUGAUGAGAAGUUGGUCACAGUGUGGUCUGCUCCGAACUACUGCUACCGCUGUGGAAAUAUUGCCUCAAUCAUGGUAUUUAAAGAUGUAAAUACAAGGGAACCAAAGCUCUUCCGUGCAGUUCCAGACUCAGAACGUGUGAUCCCCCCAAGAACAACCACACCGUAUUUCCUCUGAGCUGUGGCUUUGCCCUUUUCUUUUGUGACAUACCCUUUUAGCACUUUGCUGCUAAAAUGCUGCCUCUUGCCAUUUAUAUUCUUAAAUUAUCUAAAUGUGUUGUUUAUUGUCAAUAGGGAUGCAUAUUUAAAUCUCUCUCCCUCCUCUUAUCCCUACCCUACCUUACUUGCCACUUUUGAAAUGUCUCUGAGCACCCACCCACCUAGCUACCUGAUUUGUCGUACUUGUGAUUUAUUAUUUUUAGUUCAGUUCUUUUUUAUAGGGACCUGCAUUUUCCCUUUAAAGAAAUAAAUCUAAACAUCAGAACAGGUCUGAUCUUUCAUUCAGGGGGGUUGACUUUGGGGAGGCUAUUUUUUUUUUAAAUAAGCUCUCAAAAUUUCAGCAGCAAAGUUGUAUUUGGUGUGCAUGAUGGGACUGCCCAAGCCCUGCUAGUGAGUACAUUUCCAAGAUGUAAAAGAAUGUCCUGGUUUAUAUUUUGUUUUAAGUCAGCAUAAAUAAAUGGUGUUAAUGGCUGCCCCUGAUCUCCCUCCACAAGGGUGCUUUUUUUUUUUUAGGAUUUAAACUAAAAUGCAAAGCCUCGUACAGGUAAAUGAAUUUGUUCUGAUUUUUCUCAGAUAUUUUGUCUUUUUAAUAAAGUCAUAUCUCAGUCUAUAGGUUAAGCAUUCAAAAUAAAGCCCUACGUUGUGUUUUUUUUAAAAAAAAAAACACCAAACAAACACAAUGGCUCAGUUCAGACGCCAUAUUUGUACAGUGGUACCUUGGGUUACAGAUGCUUCAGGUUACAGACUCCGCUAACCCAGAAAUAGUACCUCAGGUUAAGAACUUUGCUUCAGGAUGAGAACUGAAAUUGCGUGGCAGUGGCGCGGCAGCAGCAUGAGGCCUCAUUAGCUAAAGUGGUACCUCAGGUUAAGAAGUUUCAGGUUAAGAACAGACCUCCAGAACAAAUUAAGUUCUUAACCCAAGGUACCACUGUAAUGGUUUGGAGAGUUAGGAACAUGCCAGAAGUUCACUUACACCCUCUCCUUUCUCCGCUGAGCUCCUUCAUCUGUUCCUGGUUUUCCUCAUUAGAAUCGAUGUGAGGGCUAAAGAGGGAAAUCUUUAUCUCAGAAGCCUACAAAUCCACUUUAAAUAUUGGUUUGUUUUUAAAAUAUAUAUAUCUAAAGUCUCUGCCUAUCCCUUCCCAGGUACACACGUCUUUUUUUUUAAUGUAAUGGGGUAUAACAGCUAUUUUUCCUAUUUAUUAUACAGACUAUUGCACUAAAGGCAUUUGAAAAUAAUGUGAAGCAGUAUCAGGCAAAGGCUAAACUGUUGUUGGGGCACAUGUCAGAAAUGUCAUUGGUCUGUGGGUUAGAAACAAAACAAAAUGGUCAGACAUCACUUAGGCCCAUAAUGCUGAAGCCUGUUCUUCCCUAAUUACCACAGUUCCUUUGUGGGUGACUUGCUUUUUUGAACCUAAGUUAUGUGGUAAUUUUUUGACCGUUAUCGGGCCUAGUAAACACAGUGCAUUGUCAUCAAAUGUUAGA